CGGCAGUUUUCAUUAGAUUGCGGAGCGGUGCACUUGGCUCACUCAAGGGUAUAGGAUAAUCAGUAUCAUCAGUGCUCCCGAAUGUCCUUCAGCUAGUAACUUAAAGGCUUAUGUGGAUACGUGAAACAUGUCAAUUGUAAAGAAACUAUCAUUUGAUGCCAGCUGCGAGGAGAAGGAGAAGUACACGGCUCAAAAUGACGAGGACUUCUACAGCCAGGCUCACACCGUCGACUUGGAUGUGGCCAGCAAGUACUCCAAGCCGAAGGAGGCCCACUGGCUGGUGCGCCGCAUCUUCUUCCUCAGCUGGAUCACCAGCUACGAUCGGGAGCAGGCCUUUGCGGACUUGAUUGCCGGCAUCACCUUGGGUCUGACCAUUAUUCCGCAGAGCAUCGCCUAUGCCGCCCUGGCCGGUCUCUCCUCCGAGUACGGUCUGUACUCCGCCUUCAUUGGAUCCAUCAUCUACGUGUUUUUCGGCACGAUACCACAGGUGUCCAUCGGACCCACCAGCCUGAUGGCCAUUCUCACCCUGCAAUUCUGCGCGGACAAGCCGGUGCAGGUGGUCAUAGUUCUGGCCUUCCUCGCCGGCUUGGUGGAACUGGCCAUGGGAGUGUUCCAGUUGGGAUUCAUCGUGAGCUUCAUUCCGGCUCCGGUGACGAAGGCGUUCACCUCGGGCACAGCAGUGAUCGUGGUUUUCGCCCAGAUAAAGAAUCUUCUGGGGGUUCGCCUGAAGGGUUUCCCCUCGUUUGGAGACUUUUUCACUAACAUCCGCCCAACGGAUGCGGCCAUGGGAAUAUCCUGCAUGGUGGUCCUGCUUCUCUUAAGGCUUCUAUCGCAGGUGAAUUUCAAGAUAGACACGCCAGUCACGCGCCGUCUGAAGAAGAUCCUGUGGUACAUCAGCAUAUCGCGCAAUGCUCUGGUUGUCUUCACCACCGGACUGAUUGUGUUUAUCUGGGUGAAGAAGAGCUCAAUUGAGGCGGUGCCCUUUGCCCUUUCCGCAAAGGUUUCCUCGGCCAUGCCCACGGUCAAGUUGCCGCCCUUUGCCUUCGAAUACCAGAACCGCACCUAUGUUUUCACGGAUAUCCUGCACGAACUGGGCAGCGGAAUCGUUGUGGUGCCAAUUGUGGCAGUACUCGCCAAUGUGGCCAUUGCCAAGGCCUUCGUUAAGGACGGCAAUCUGGAUGCCUCGCAGGAAAUGCUGACCCUGGGCCUGUGCAACAUAGCCGGUUCCUUCUUCAGUGCCAUGCCCACCUGCGGGGCUUUCACCCGCUCAGCUGUGAGUCAAGCAUCCGGAGUUCGAACGCCCAUGGCCGGCAUCUACACGGGAUUGAUAGUGCUCUCUGCACUCAGCAUCCUGACCCCCUACUUCCAGUACAUUCCCAAAGCUUCGCUGUCCGCCGUCCUUAUAGCAGCGGUCAUCUUCAUGAUUGAUCUUGCUCCGGUUAAGGAGCUGUGGCAGACCAACAAGAAGGACUUCUUCAGCUGGGUGGGCAGCUUCAUCAUCUGUUUGGUGGCUGGCGUGGAGUUGGGCCUGCUCUUUGGAAUUUUACUAAGCAUGGUGUUUAUUCUGCUUCGCCUGGGUAACCCCAAAUUUGAGGUCACUUUGAAGCAGCAUGAAUCCACGUACUAUGUCCACGUGGUGCCCCAGUCGGAUGUGUACUACACCGGCGUGGAUGCUCUGCGAUCUGAGCUUAGGGGCGCCUGUAGCCUGUACCACAACGAUUUCCCAGUGGUUCUCGAUAGCGCACGCUUCAUGCAGUUCGAUGCCACCUUCAGCGAGAUGCUGAUUUCAGUGGCCAAGGAGAUGGCCACCCACGAUGUCCUGCUGAUCCUGCAGAACAUGAGCCUGAAGGUGCAGCAGAUGCUGCCGGUGAUGAGCAAUGUGCGCUUCUGCCAGGAGGACAGCCAGCUUUCCGGCCACCUGCAGGCGGAAAAGGAGGCGCCUCUGCUGGAGGCCAAGCUGUAAGCAUUCCUAUCUGAUGUCAGCCCUCCGUUCCAGUCUGUUUGAUCCGGUUAUGUCGGACGUCAUAGGAAUUAUCUCCGGAUCUACUACCGCUUGACGUUCACACGCAACUUGCACAACUUGACAGCGGCACCAGUUAGUUAACUACUUAGAUUUAUAUGUUUAGUUAGCGUGUUUGUAUAUACUUAUAUGCAUUAUUAAAAUAUAGUUCUCUUCUACAAA